GGCGCCGGGCUCCGCCUGCUGGCUCUACCCCCCAAGUUCCUAAUUAGUGGACACAUUUGUCCAUAGUUAGUCCUGCCCACCAGAUGGCGCAGCAGCGGGCCAGGACCACAGCUAUUUUACUGCCAGUUCUCAGGUGGCUGGUUCAGAGGCGAUACUCAAUAAAGGCUACAGUCACUGGCCUGGUUGACCAUGGCUCUUUCUGUGGAGACGGAGUCGCACAUCUACAGAGCUCUGCGCACUGCCUCUGGGGCUGCUGCCCACCUUGUGGCCCUGGGUUUUACCAUCUUUGUGGCUGUGCUUGCCAGGCCUGGCUCCAGUCUGUUCUCCUGGCACCCCACACUUAUGUCUUUGGCUUUCUCUUUCCUGAUGACUGAAGCACUGCUGGUGUUCUCUCCUGAGAGUUCGCUGCUGCGCUCCCUCUCACGGAAGGGCCGAGCACGCUGCCACUGGGUUCUGCAGCUGCUGGCCCUGCUGUGUGCACUGCUGGGCCUAGGUCUUGUCAUCCUCCACAAGGAACAGCUUGGCAAAGCCCACCUGGCCACGUGGCAUGGGCGGGCAGGGCUGAUAGCUGUGCUAUGGGCGGGGUUGCAAUGCUCAGGUGGGGUGGGGCUGCUCUACCCUAAACUGCUACCCCGAUGGCCCCUGGCUAAGCUCAAGUUAUACCAUGCCACUUCUGGGCUAGUAGGCUACCUUUUGGGCACUGCCAGCCUUUUGUUGGGCAUGUGUUCACUGUGGUUCACCGCCACGGUCACUGGUGGGGUCUGGUAUCUGGCUGUGCUCUGCCCUGUCAUUACCAGCUUGGUCAUCAUGAAUCAGGUGAGCAAUGCCUACCUGUACCGCAAAAGGAUCCAGCCGUGAGCUCUUCCCAGCCUAGAAGCCUGGAUUUGCCUCUCAGUGUAGUAGCUGGGGCUGGAACCUCCUGGACUCUUUCAGCUAAGUCAUGGGGACACCUCAGGCACUGGGGCAGUCUAGAGUAGGAGUCUUGUGUGUGACAUUUUUGGUUGCUCCUCAUCCUGGAGUGCCUCCCCUUUCCUUCUGUACUGUCCCAGAGGAGCUUACAGAUGAUGUGUCUGGAUGAAAUUGGGGUUGCAAGGCUACUUCCCCAGCAACUCAACUCGUACUUGUACUGGUAUGUCCAGAAAUUACAGGAGAGAAAAAAAAAUAAAAAAGAAUGACUGAAAAGACUGAAUGGGAGGAAUAGCUUAGAGCUGGGGAUAGUUUUUGCUAAUGCAUGAAAAAACAUACAGCUGGGCAGGAUGGGGAGCCCUGUCCCUGACCACUCACUGAGGGGCUGAAGCUCUCCCAGCACGCAAGCUCCCAGGAUCUGGCUGCUGAGUGCCCUCUGCCACCAGGGCCCUAGAGCUAUAGCUGUGAAUGGUACAGCUGUGUGUCCCUUCAGUGUCCCAGCUGCCCACUGUGCUGGUAUCUCUAGACUGUGGUGGUUAGAUGUGGACAACGACAAGAUACGGAGUUGGGGAUGGGCUAUUUCCAUAGGCGUCAAGCACUGAGCACUCUGUUUUUGGCAUGAGCCAUCAAUAACAGCUCUUGAGGAUAGAGGGGCCCUCAACCAUCAGAUCUGGGCAGGGCCUUCCUGACUGGGAAUCAGGGAGAGAAAAUGAGUAGGGAUCUGAAGUGAUAGCUCUGGGAGGUUAUUUAAUGGUGGGCAUGUGGUGGUAGGGGGAGUGGGGGCAAAAGGCUUCUUACUGAGCUGGAGUUGCCAUGGA